AUGUCCCACCCUUUCCUCCGGAGGCUCCCCCACCUACUGCCCCGCACUACUGCCACCACCGCCAUACCCAAACACACCGGCUUCGGCCGCGCAAUAGCAACCCACUCGCACCCACACUUCGAAUCCGCGGUUUCUACGAUCCGCAGCACGGUGGACACCUCGUCUCCGGAAUUCAAAGAAAAUGCUGCGCAGAUGGGGGCGAUAAUCACUUCCCUGCGCUCCCUCCACGAGAGCAUAAAACUCGGUGGGCCUGAGAAGGCGCGGGAGAAGCAUUUAGCGAGAAAGAAGAUGUUGCCGAGGGAUCGUAUUACGGCAUUGUUGGAUCCCGGGUCGGCGUUUUUGGAGCUAUCGCCGUUGGCGGGGUAUCAGUUAUACCCUGGGGAGGACGUGCCGGCUGGAGGAAUCAUCACCGGGAUUGGGAGGGUUUCCGGAGUGGAAUGUAUGGUUGUUGCUAAUGAUAGCACAGUUAAAGGAGGGACAUACUACCCAAUUACUGUAAAGAAGCAUAUUCGUGCCCAGGCAAUCGCCCAAGAAAAUAGACUACCAUGUAUCUACCUCGUCGACUCUGGCGGUGCCAACCUCCCCCACCAGGCAGACGUAUUCCCGGACCGCGACCACUUUGGCCGUAUCUUCUAUAACCAAGCUAGAAUGUCUGCCGACGGAAUCCCGCAAAUCUCCGCAGUAAUGGGCCCAUGCACAGCCGGAGGAGCAUACGUCCCAAGCAUGUCCGACGAAUCUAUAAUCGUCGAAAACUCCGGAACAAUCUUCCUGGCCGGCCCGCCCCUCGUGAAAGCAGCCACAGGCGAAGAAGUAACCGCCGAAUCCCUCGGCGGCGGAUCCCUACACUCGAAAGUCAGUGGUGUAACGGACUACCUCGCGGUAUCGGAUGCCCACGCACUGGUUCUAGCACGGCGUUGCAUCGCAAACCUAAACUACCCCACCACCACCACCACCGACGUGCAAGCGUCGGCAAAAGGCCCACUAUACGACCCAGCAGAACUUACCGGCAUCGCAGGCACAAACCUCCGCAAGCCGAUAAACCCCCACGACAUAAUCUCCCGCAUAACAGACUCCUCGGAAUUCUCCGAAUUCAAACGAGAGUACGGCACCAGUCUCGUGACGGGUUUCGCGCGCAUACACGGAUACCCUGUCGGCAUACUCGCCAACAACGGCAUACUCUUCUCCGAGAGCGCGCUGAAGGGUGCGCACUUCAUACAGAUGUGCGCGAAGCGUCGUGUCCCGUUGCUGUUCUUGCAGAACAUCUCCGGCUUCAUGGUCGGCAGUCAGGCGGAGGCUGGGGGCAUCGCGAAGAAUGGGGCGAAGCUGGUUAAUGCUGUUGCUUGCGCGGAUGUUCCGAAAUUCACGGUUGUGGUCGGCGCGUCGUAUGGCGCGGGGAAUUACGGUAUGUGUGGGAGGGCGUAUGGGCCGAGGUUUUUGUGGAUGUGGCCAAAUGCGCGCGUCGGCGUUAUGGGUGCUGAGCAGUUGGAUGCCGUCAUGCGGACCGUUGGGACGAAUGUGGAUGAGGGCUUGAAGGGGAGGAUUGAGAGGGAGAGUGAAGCUGUGUUUGGCUCUGCGAGGUUGUGGGAUGACGGCGUUAUUGCGCCCGAGGAUACUAGGGCUGUUCUAGGGCUUGGGCUGAGGGCGGCCCUGGGCGGGAGUGUUAGAGAGCCCGAUACCAAGUUUGGGGUUUUUAGAAUGUAGAAAGAUGCUGUCAUCGUAUAUAGCCUAGCCUAAUCCUUGUCAUCCUAAUCUUCCUUUCCAUCA